UCACACCUAAUGGCGCUGUAGUGGUGAUAAACUUGAAUAUGGAAGGCACGAAUAGUUGUGAAUUACAAACACAAGACACGGUACCUGUAUAUAAUAGCGACGAUUCGAAACUUGAUACGAAAAGUGACGAAGUCAAAACAGACGAUGUCAAAAGUACCAAGGCGUCACGUGACUUGUACAUUGUGACGGAAGAAUCGGACGUGACGCAACAUUCGUUUGUGUUUCGUCAUAAAGACGAAGAAAAAGAAGAACGAAGUAUAUUCGACGUACAUAAGAAACAUCUGACGUCAACGGGAAACCAAAGACCCAUCACUCAACCAGAGGGUCAACCAUCUUACCCUUCUUCACCCAGGCCGCUACGUCACGAAACCGACGUCACUACACUUCCGGGUUACGUUCCCACGCCCCCAGUAACAAUCGACAAACCCCCAAACCGGAAGUUGUACGAUUAUCGCGACUUUCAAUAUUUAGAACAAUCGCGUCGAAAGCGACGUCGAAAGAAAAGCGAGGUCGACAUAAACAUCGUAUAUAAUUUAUCAAGGUUUGUUACUCGGCCGUACGAGGGCGCUCUCGACAAAUACUCGGAUUCAAGCCCGAAGCCAAAGUUACGUGGUCGCACGUCACAAUUAGUGACGUCAUCAACCCAUUCACCGAAAUCGCGUUCGAGGACUUUCGUAUCACCUGAUUGUGACGUCACAAAGUAUUUGAGACAAAGAAGACGAAGUAUCUCAGCGUCGCCGCCUCGGAUUCACACGUCACAAUUACACCCAUUAUUCCGCGGAUCGCGAUCGACGCGUACCUCACCGAUCUACACGCCUACGUCAUCACCACCUACGUCAUCACCGCCUACGUCACACAUAGCGUCACCAUUGUUGCGUAGAUACCAACGAAGUACGUUUAGGUCGAUACUUGACCACGUGGGUGGGAAACAAGUUUCAGACAACUGUAAGCUUCCAGACAUCUACGCUAAGAACGGGGAACCCCCGAAACUGCUACCUCGGAAACAAUUCGAUACAUUAUCUACGUCAUAUCCGGGAGCGAAACAUCGCGUCGAUAACAAUCAAAAGAUGACAAAGGAGAAGAACAAUGAAAAGGCCUCCCCCAACAGCCACAAGCGUGUCCUGCUCAACACCAGUUUACCGAUCGGUUCGCCGACGUUUCAACGAGCGAUGAAAGGAUUUAACCCAGCGGUUGAAAAAAGUGGGGAGGGAAAAACUACGAGAGUGCGUAUCGCAUCCGCUGGGGGGCGCAAGGUGGGACGGGUUCAGCGUAUGACGUCAGCAACCGGAAAUGACGACGAAAUAAACGAAAUACGGGAUAGUUUGGGAUCGUUAUCGGUGGGGACUCCCCCUAAGUCGAUAUUAAAGAACAGACGACGAUCAAUCGACGAUUUAGAUAUCGGGACAAAGAAGGGAUUGGCGAUGUAUCUCAAGUCUAAACAACAACAUUAAGAUCCCAUAUUGCCCCUACAAACAUAUCCCAUAUUGCCCCUACAAACAUAUCCCAUAUUACCCCUACACACAUAUCCCAUAUUGCCCCUACAAAUAUCUCCUAUUGCCCCACACAUAUAUCCCAUAUUGCCCCUUUAUAUCCCAUAUUGCCCUUACAUACCCCAUAUUAUCCCUACACAGAUAUCCCAUAUUGCCCCACACACACAUAUCCCAUAUUACCCCCACACAUAAAUCCCAUAUUGCCCCACACAUGUCCCAUAUUGCCCCCAUAUAUACAACCAGGGGUUAAUACAGUAAGUCACAAACGGGAUACAUUUGUUUUAUGGAACCUUUCAUAUCUUUACACAACACACAAAUAUCAUACGUGUCGCAUUUUCCAAAAAGAGGGGUCUUAGGCCCAUUACCCGCAUUAAAUAUGCUCACAAUGCCCCAUUAUUACAUACCAAUACCCCCAACCAUAACCACUAUUGUUACAUUGAAUGAAUAACAAUCGAUCAAUGAUACAUCAUAAUAUAUCAUAAUGACAUCACAAUACAUAAUGUUCCAAACAUAACAAUCGA